UUUAAACACAAACAACCAGUUACCUACUACCCACUACACGAAUACUUCUUAGUAUCCGGAAACAAUAACCAUGUUUACAAAGCUUUUAAAAUGGUUUUCAUUUUUCAUAUUUCUGAAUUCAGCACUAGCAGGAUGGAUUGAAACACAUAUGAAAGAAGAACACCGUAUCGAUGAAUUCACAGACGAAUCCUUCUUUCGUCUUCAUGAUUUAGCCAAGAAAGGAUUUUGGACAGAUCGUGACAUACUUACUCUUUACGGUAUAUAUGAAAAUGAUGAAGUUCCGUUCUCCAAAAAAAAUGAAAUUCUGGUUGACGUUUUGAAAAAAACUGAUGCUUCACAAGAUCGAAUUGUUACUUUGACUGAAUUUCUGAACUUCCGUAAAAAAGGAGGCGAGCUUACUGAUUUUGGUUUCCCUGGACACCAUGGAGAUGAAGAAGAAGAGUUUGAAAUGCAUCACGUAGAGAAGUACCAUCCUGCUGGUCUCGAUGAGCCUGACGAAAACUGGAAUCAUCCCGAGGAUAUUGAACACUUCCAAAAACAUGACGAGCUUUUUCACGGUGAAAAACGUCCUGAAGAAAGACGUAAGCAUUUUCUCAAACCAAACAACAUCCCUAUCAAGUUCCGCCGAAUGACCAUCCAAAUAUAAUAUAAUUAAGAAAGUAUAUAAUUUUUUUCGUAGAAUGGUAACGAUGCUUUUUUUUGGUUCCUAUUUUUGAAGUCUUAUGUUGAGACUUAUAUUCUUUUAUCCUGCGGUUUACACGUUUUGGAAAAUCAUUACUAAAUAUUUAAUCUAUGUGGUUCAUUUACCUUUGCAUUGCUAUAGGAUCUUUAAUUCUUUUCUUUCUAUAUGUUUCUUCGUUGAUGUUCUGUUUGCUCACGAUUUUGUUAAACUUUUGAUCCUCGAAAGUGCUUCCUCUUUUAAUGCCAAUAGUUCUCUUUGAGUAGAUUUAUAAGUACGUAAUGUGAGCAGGGCUUCCGGAGUUUUAUUCAAUCCUGCAAGGAUUACUUCAUCAUCAGAAAAUACAAGAUUGCAUAUACAGACUAGUGCACGAUGUUGGACACCAAUGUUUUCAUCUGUCAACAUACGAAUCACAAAUUUGAAGUCCGAAUAAAUGUCCAAUAACGCUUUACAUCCUGCUUCACAACUGCAAACUUGCACCAAAGUUCCACAAGCGGCCAAUUUUGUUGCUUCAUCAUCAGCAUCACUUAAUGCCGUUAAAAUUUUUAGGCGUGUCGCUUCGGGCCCAGAGUUGCUCUCUCCAAUGAAUUUGAUUAAACAGUAUGGAGAAAGAGACAAAUUAUUAACAAGUUCUACUGUUGCUCUUUGAAUUAAUUCAUGAUUGCUUAUUAGCAAAUCAUCGAUAGCUGUCCAUGACUUGGUAAUGAUAGCUUGACGACUAGUUUCGUCCAUGGAUGCUAGAUUUGUUAGGGCCAAUAAAGAUUCAAACUUUGCCAAUAAAACAGGAUAUUCGCUAUUUUUUUCUUCGCUGUUUAGCAGUAAUUUGCAAAUAGGAUCGAUUGCUCGAUUAGAGGGUAAAGAGCCAGUAAAUAUGCUUUGAGGUGCAAUACUAAUGAGAAUCUUUGCUAAAGCAUGGGCUGCAUUAAAAUCGAACCUUUCAGUAAAGUAAGUUUUAGUCAAAAAUCGUACAGCACCAUAUUGCGCAAGUUCAGGCCUGUUGCCUCGGACGCUAGCAACAUGUACUAAAAUUUUAGGGAUUAAUUCAUUCAAAGAGAGAUGGGUAUGAGACAAGAUAUACAGUUUCUGUAAAAUCUGAAGACUAAUAACAGCUUGUAUUCUUUUCUCAGUUGGUACUUGCUCGUCCUCAGGGGAAGCAGCGUAAGAUGAAUCCGCUUCAGCCAUAGAGCGCAACCGUUGCAAUUCUUGUUCAUUCUCAGCUUUUUGAACUUUAAAUUUGCAGAGAUUAUAGAGUAUAAUAGCAGAGGAAUUAACCUCAAUUAAGGACGAGUUUGGAUCCAAGCCAUCUAUCAGUUGCCGCAAAAUCUUCGGAUAACUUACAACUAACUUUUUUACAGAGCCAAAAGUAGUCGCGAGUCGCAAGGCUUCUAAGAGAAGUAGAUCACAAACACCUUCUUCUAGAAGACUCUUAAUCCGAGGUACUAUACUUUUAGGAUCAUACUGAAUGGCUAGUUUUAUGCCAACCAUCUUAGCCGCCCUUGAAUGAGUUUGUUGUUUUAAGAAUUCAGAGCAUUCUUUAUGAAUGACUGCUCUGCAAGACUUAAAGUCGCAAAUUAUAUUUAACAGAGAAAUCCAGUCUUCUUGACAACAAUAUCUCUCAGCUAGUUCAGUCCAUUGGAGACAAAAUUCUUUAUUUACAAUUUCCGGAUGUCGUGGGAGACAUAAAAGGAGCAAUGUGUUCAUUCUCUUUAGCGCGAGCCGGACUAACUCGGGUGACCCGGUCAUUAAUAUACAUUCUUUCACAAGACCAUAAACAAGAUCAUCAGGAUUUUCUUGAAGUAUUAUAGCACUAAAUUGUUCGUAAAAUUCUGACCGUAGCAACGAAUUCUUUAAUGGAGAUGAACGGCAAAGUAAUCGGACUGUUUUGGAUCGAGUGUUAUGAUCUUGGCAAAGCCGUGCAAGCUCAAAUGCGGCAGAGAACGAACAAACUGAUAGGAAAUUGGAGAAAAGUAAAAAUUUCGAAGAUUCUUCAAUUGUUUCCCAUGAACGAAAAAAUAGCUGAACACCCAAAGGAGACUGAAAGAAGAGUACAAAAGGGAAUUCCUGUAAAUUGAUGGGCGCAGACGCACACCGCGAUACAAAUUGAGAACUGAAGUGCUCUAUCCAAGCGUUCAGUUUCGGAAGAAGAGUCGAAAUAAAUACUUUUUGUGCUACAGGAUGCAAUUCUGAAGGAAUGAACUUCUGUGAACAUAAAAUACACGAAAAGCAGUCAGUCAAGGAACAAAGAUAGUUCCAUUCUUCAACAGUCGUUCCGUCUGGAUUUAAUAAACUAAUUGCUGUUGUGAGAGGUGAUUCUAAGAUUAGCUUAACAAUGAGACAUCGUGCAGUAUUGUGUGUCAAAGCAGAAGGAUAGAACGUCUGUAGCUGUCGCAAAAGCCUGACUUGUCUGGGAAAUGACAUUCAGGUGAACAGACGACGAUUUGGUACGGAAGAAUUAACAACCUAGAAAGUAAAGGAGUGCGGAUGACAACAAACUAAGGUGAAGGUGGUUAAUUACUGUUUGUGAAGAUGAAAAGCUAACGUAAGCUUCAGUCAAUUUUUUUGAUACAGAAUAUAAGUGGAAUACAUUAAUGCUUAUACAAGACAAAAAAACACAAAUACUACAACAAUACAAUAUAGGAAGAUGCAAGAGCAAUUACUUAAAUUUUAUUCAGCCUAACCAAUUUAAGCCUUGAGGGCAUAUUUGCGGAGAGGGAAGUAACGUUCCUUCUUGACUUGCUUAAGAGUCUUACGGCUCUUUUCAUAAGGAGUAAGAGCGCGACGGAUAGCACGAGUCUUCUUUUGACGGAGAUCAAGAGGAAGGUACUUCUUGUUCUUGUAAGCCUCGCGAACGGCAAGACGGUUGGAUUGGUUGAUAACAGUCAAGAUACGAGCAAUGUCCUUACGAGUGGUCUUGCUACAUAGGGGUUAGCCAUCAUAUUAUCCUCAUUAAACUGAAACUGUUAAAACAAGCAGUUGUUGCAAAAGGCCAUUUCUAACUUCUCCAAACUAUAUUCAUGAGGAUUUCGAGUGUUUAGCUCGGACCCUUUACCACUGCACGUCUCUACAAUCUCUUUAACAACUUACAUUUUAGACAACUUGGAACCAGAACCACCGGCAAUCUUUUGCACACGGAGAGAGGCAAGCUCUUGACGGAGCUCGUGUAAUUGCUCACCCAAUUUCUCUUGAGAUUGCUUACGAAGUUCAAAGGUCUUUAAUGCCAUCUCGUCGUUCGUCGUUGGUCAAGAGUAAACUAGUUGUGCGCUGAAUUGUGCACCCACUUUUUCAGCGAAAAAAGCAGUCACGCCACCAUACCCUAGCCCGGGUGAGGGUUAAUGCGAACGUGACUGCUUUUAUUCAGUAAGUGAUCCACAACAAAACUAAAACUUGCUGAGCGCC